GGGAUAUUUCCAGCUGCAUAUAUUCAUCAGAAAGAAGUGACAGAUGACAAAGGGUAUCAUGAGCCAACAGGUCCCAGUGAACUUCCUCUGGUUCAAGAACUUACAGUCACUCUGCGGGAAUGGGGGGUCUUGUGGCACUCGCUAUAUGUGUACAACCAGAGAACGCAGUUCACACAAAUACAAGAAAUGAUGUCACAACUGAUGGACUGGAGAUCACAGAUUAUGUCUGGCACUCUACCCAAGGAUGACUUGGCUGAACUGAGGAAAAAAGUGACUGCUAAAAUCGACCAUGGGAAUCGAAUACUGGGCUUGGACCUUGUUGUUAGAGAUGAAAAUGGAAUCAUUCUAGAUCCUGAUGACACCAGUGUAAUUACCCUGUUCCGCUCGCAUGAGAUAGCAUCAAGGCGGAUUGAUGAGAGGAUCCAGGAGGAAAAGUCUCAGCUGCAGCCUCUUGAUAUCCGCAGUCCAGCCAUGCUGCAUAUGGCUCAUACAUACACCUUAUAUGUGAACUUGAAGAACUUUGUGUGUAACAUGGCAGAGGAUGCAGAGCUCCUCAUGUGUCUGUAUGACCCAGACACCUCCCAUUUCAUCAGUGAAAACUACUUUGUCCGCUGGAGUAGUUCCGGUAUGCCCAAAGAAAUAGAGAAGUUAAACAACCUGCAGGCAGUGUUCACAGACCUCAGUAGCCUGGAUCUGAUUCGUCCCCGGAUCAGCCUGGUGUGCCAGAUAGUUCGUGUGGGACACAUG